AUAAUUCUCUUCUUUUCAACAACCUUUCAUCUUACUAAUUUCAAUGACGUCUGCUUCAUCAUCUUCUUCUUCUCUGCUAAAUCAUACCAGCUGCCAUGACGUUUUUUUAAGCUUUAGAGGUGAAGAUACCCGUAAUUCAUUUACAGAUCAUCUAUACGCAGCUUUAGUGCGAGCAGGAGUUCGCACUUUUAGGGAUAAUGAUAAUAUCGACAGAGGUCAAGAACUGAAGCCGGAAAUCGAUAGAGCAAUCAAAGAAUCUAGGGCUUCGAUAGUUGUAUUAUCAGAGAAGUAUGCGAAUUCCAGAUGGUGCCUUGACGAGCUGCUGUUGAUCCUUGAGCAAAGGCGGAGCUUGAAUCAUUUUGUUAUACCGGUGUUUUACCAUGUCGAUCCCUCAGAUGUCAGGAACCAAAGGCAAAGUUUCGCGAUUAAUGUAGGCAAAAGAGCAGAAGGGUCAAAAUGGACAGAGUAUAAUGUCAAUCGAUGGAAGGCAGCUCUUACAGAGGUUGCUGAUUUGACCGGCAUGGUUGUUUCCGGGUCUGAAAUAGAUUUUAUUUCAGAGAUUGUUCGUACAAUCAAGUAUGAACUAGAUUUGAAACUAGUUAGUACUCCUGCUCAUCUAGUUGGAAUGGGCACUCGAGCUAAAUCUAUAAACUCAUGGUUGGAAAAUGAGCAAUCUGGUGAUAACAUUCUAGCAAUCUGUGGCAUGGGAGGUAGUGGCAAGACGACUCUGGCCAAAUUCAUUUACAACUCAAACAAACAAAAAUUUGGAAGCAGCAGUUACCUUGAAGAGAUCGGAAAGCAUUCUAAACAGUCUGAUGGUUUGCUUGGACUACUGAAACAACUUCUCAAGGACAUUUUAGGGGAAAAGAGGGCAAGUAUAUCAAGUGUUUCAGAGGGUACAAGGAAGGUUGAGGGAGCCUUACAAGUGAAAAGGGUUCUUAUUGUUCUUGAUGACAUUGAUGAACAUGACCAAUUAGACACUCUACUUGGAACAAGGGCUUCUCAUACCCAAAGCAAGAUCAUAAUAACAACUAGGCUUUUAGAUAUACGUGCAUGGUUCAGGUCCAUAUCUUGGAAGUGUGAGGUGCAAAAAUCCGAAUUGUUGAAUGAUGAUGAAUCAUUACAGCUUCUGAGUUGGCAUGCAUUUGGAUCCAAAAUUCCUAUGGAAGGUUUCAAGGAUCUCGCCAUACAGUUAGCACAAUAUUGUGGUGGAAACCCCCUAGCUCUUAAAGUAUUGGGUUCUUCUCUAUUUUCUGAUGCUGAAGAACCAUGGGAAAAAAGUAGCAUGAUCGAGGUUUGGAGAAGUACAUUGAAUUCACUGAAUUCAUUGAAAGGAGAUCUUGAUUGUAAAAUCCAAGGUAUACUACAAAAGAGCUUUGACUCAUUACCACAUGCCAGUAACAAAGAGUUGUUUCUGCAUAUUGCUUUUUUCUUUGUUGGUGAAUAUGAGGGUCUUGUGGUAAAGAUAUUGGAGCAUGACUGGCAUGCAAAGGCCGGGAUCAGGACACUUAUUAACAGAUGCCUUCUUACCAUCUCACCAAGGAAAAAACUGAUGAUGCAUCAACUGCUUCAAGAGAUGGCAAGAAACAUCGUCCUUCAAGAGUCCAGAGAUCCUGCAGCACGUAGUAGAGUCUCGCAAAAUGAUGAAUCUUAUCGUUUGUUGAGAAAAGGAGAGGGUUCAAAAACAAUUGAAGGUCUAUCACUUGACAUGCAAAAGCUCAAAGAAGGGAUGACGUCAAAUCCAUUAACCCUUGAUACAACUUCAAUUGCAAAAAUGGACAAACUGAAAUUGCUCAAGCUAGAAUAUGUGAAACUCAAGGGGUCCUACAAGAAUUUUCCAGAAUUAAGAUGGGUUUAUUGGAGUUAUUGUCAAUUGAAAGAAAUACCAUCCGGCUUAUUGGGUAGCAACUUGGUGGCUAUAGAUAUGAGCUAUGGACGGUUGGAGAAGUUUGAACCGCCCAUGGUUCUUAAUUCAAUGAAGAUCCUAAAUCUUAAAGGGUCGUUCGAUCUGGUCAGUUUCCACCAUCUUUCCAGACUUCCUAAUCUCGAGACUCUGAUUCUCUCGCACUGUAUCAGUCUCAGUUUGACUCAUGUUUGUGAAAGCAUCGGAGGUCUUAAGAAGCUUUCUCUAUUAGACUUUGGAUGGUGUAAUCAUCUUGGGAAGGUUGCAUCAAAUAAGAACGAAAAUCAACUGUUGGUCCCCUUGCCAGACUCCUUAAAGAUUCUGUUUCUUAAUGACUGGAACCUUGAUGGAAUAGAUGAUGAUCCAUUGUUUUUAAUUGAAGAGCCGCCAUUCUUUUACAAUCACAUGAAUUUGGUCAGUAAUCCGUUAAUGCCCCUGACCAAUUACACUUAUCAUGGAAUGCUUCGGGUAUUCGAUGUGAGUGGUUGUCGAAAUAUAAAGUCCCUCCUAUGUCUCCCAAGUACGCUAGAAGAGUUGUAUACAUCUUGGUGUUUUGAACUGGAGAAAAUAACAUUCGAAUCAGCUCAGUUCAGACUGCGGAAAUUUGAAUAUCAAGGUUGUGACAACUUAGGUGAAAUUCAAGGCUUUUUCAAAUUGGUGCCGUUAGUAAAGCUUGAUGAAGCAGAUUUGGGACAUUUGAAAUGGAUCAAAACAUAUCAGAAUACUAAGGUGAACCUCACAGGUGAUGUCAUUAGAAACUUUUGGCAGACACAGGUGCUGUAUGAAUAUGGUAUAAUGAGCACAUAUUUGGCAGGCAUAAAGGAUCAAAACAUGGCAAGGUCUGAGUAUAUGUCAACGUCCGCGUUCUUAUCCUUUCGUGUGCCUUCUUGUCCUGAGAAAAGCAGGAUCCGAGGAUUAAACAUAACCGCCUCAUACAGAAUAUCAGCCGGAACACGAAGGGAUGACCAUACAAGGGCUUUGUUCACCAAAGUCAGCAAUACUACCAAGGGCCUUACUUGGAUGUAUAACCCUGCCAUCUAUGACAUUUCGGGAAUUGAAGAAGAUGCGAUGUGGUUAAGCUAUUGGCCCAUUGGGAACACAUUAGACGCUGGUGAUGAAAUCAAUGUGUCCAUCAUUGUGGGGGAUGGAUUUAUGGUAAGCAGGUGUGGUGCCAGCCUUGCGUUCAUAGAUGAUGGUGAAGUAGAGCCAGAAUACUACAAAAAAAAUUACAAGAAAGAGGAAGAAGUUAUUGGAGGAGAUCUAUCUGAAUUUCAGCUGACUACAGGAGCCUACUAUCUUUGUCGUCGCAAUUACUUCAAGUCAACCACGUCCCCUGGUUUGUUAAAUAUGCUAUUUGGUGAUACCAUUCCCUAUACAGACUUACUUGGAUGGAGAAAAUCUCUUCAGACAGACUACAAAGGGUCAUUUACGGAGUGGAAGGCUUACAGAGACAACCUUUUUUCCGAUUAGUUCUAAGUAUGUACAUUUAGUCAUUCUUUUCGGCAUAAAUUACCAAUAUUUAUUUGUAAAUUUAAAUAAAUUUGCUGCUUAAAUCCCUUACCCAACCUAAUCUAAUCUAAAUGAAUAUAACCUUUGUUUAUUAUUGGACUAAAUUA